AAAGUCUGCUUGAAGCGACUUCUUCUUUCAUGUCCUGUCUUCAGGAAACACCUGCAUCACACGCCCAGAUGUGGAGGGACGAGGACCUGAGGGAGCCACAGAGCUGCUUGCUUUGGAUCGUCCUGUGUAAAAUCAGCAGAAAUGUUCCCAAAAACCAAACCCAGACCCCCCCCCAAAAAAACACCUGGAGUGAAGCUAAGGCGCACAACAUAAAACGCACAAUAUAUCACAAACCUGAGUUUAAUGGUGACACUGAAGGGAGAUUUAGGGUGGGGGGAGUGAGUGCAGCCUGCUGUGACUGUGACAGACGGUGCAGGCAUUAUGUAAAGCAGCAGGAGUUUCUGUGUUUGUGUUUCAAGUUUUAUUUCAGAAGCAAGCGAGGAAAUAUUCAGUACGUACCUGAACCAAUGGGCCAGAUAAAUUCCCAACCCCAGAUGUUCCCAGGGGACAUCAUCGAGUACCCCAGGAACAAAUACUUCUCUCAUUUCGCCGUGUACUACGGAGAGAGGGACGGUGUUCCCUAUGUUGCCCACCUGACAUGUCGAGAUUCAGACUCCAAGCUGCCGCGCUUCGGUCGAGCUCUGAGGUCAGAGGUCAAGCUGGAUCCACUGGAGCUGCUGGGGAAGAAAUACAAGGUAAACAACAUGUUGGACGACGCAUUCUCGGCCAGAGACUUCCACAGCGUGGUGAAGCCGGCCAUCGAGAGCAUGAUGGGACGGGAGAUGACGUUUGAUAUCCUGUUUCAUAACAGUGAACAUCAGGCGACGCUCUUCAGAUACGGAGUCAAGAAGUCCGAGCAGAUAGAGAGGAUUUAUGAACACAUCAUGCCGGCCUGGAAGAAGCCCUUUGAGGAGAAGAAACUAUAAGAAGGCUCACUUCUCAUCUCUACCACUGGAGGGCGACAUUUUCAUUUGAAUGCUUACAUUUCAGGAUUAUGAGGUUAGGAUAUAACAAGAAUGAAGUCAGUACACCUGCAAUGAAUGUGAGGAUGUUUUAUUCUUAGUAUUCAGUCACAUUAUUUUAAAGAGAAGGGUCCAGUGCAUAAAGGGUGAGGGUAUAAUAUUCUGGAUAAAUCAAGUAAAAGUAAAAGUAAAAAAAUGUUUUAUUUACAAUUAUUUCCACAUUUGUAUUAUCUGUUGCCUUAUUCUUACUAUGUUUUAUUUCAUUCCUCUGCUGUUGAUCUUCUUUAGCUUUAAUAAACUUUUUGUUACAAA